AUGUUGGUAUUACUCCAAGUUUGCAUGAAUUACUGCCAAUUGGAAUUAUUGCGGCACUAUAAUUCAGAAGAAGAUGAGAAUAAUCAACUUCCUAGUGAAAGUCGUCAUUAUUGUCCAACUUGUGGUCGUAGUUAUAAAUAUCGCAAGCACAUGCUUUGUCAUUUUCGUAAUGAAUGCUCAAUAACAAAACGAUUUUCCUGUCCCUAUUGCAAUAAACGUUACACUCAACGUGCCAAAGUUUGGAGACAUAUAAUUCCAGUUCAUCCUAAUAAAGAAUUAUUUUUGUUUUCCAAAAGAAAGAAUGGAUACCAAUGUCAAAAUUGUAAGAAAUGUUACAAACAGAAGACCUCGAUGAUUACACAUAUUUCAUAUCAAUGUGGAAAGAGGCCACGUUUCUCUUGUCCUUAUUGUGGCAAGAGAAAUCAUCAAAAAAUUCUCGUGCUUAAUCAUGUAAAAAUUCAUCAUCCAAAAAGACCAAAAGCAUACAUCGACGAGACAGAUUGCAUCAUGAUAUCGCCAAUGGAAUUUGAAUACAUAUCAACAUCAAUUGUCAACAAUGCUCAUAGUCGAAAUCAAAGAGGAAAAACAACAACAACAAUUGGCAAAAAUUCACCAAUCACUGGUCAAACAUUCAAGUGUUCAAAUUGUCCAAGUUGUUUUAGUCAUCAUCGUAAUUUAACGAGACAUCAAAAAUAUGAAUGUUUACAACCACCGAGAUUUUCAUGUCCACAUUGUCAAUUUCGUUCAAAACAAACGAGCUCAGCGGCAGAACGGCUACUGUUGUCAAAAAAUUUGGAAAAUAUAUCACUGGUACCAUCGAUAUCUGAUCUCGCAGCAAUAUGGCUUGUUAAACAGCGUGCCGAAUAUCCUUACAGCUGUCCACAAUGUGGAAAACGUUAUCAACAUCGUGCAACACUUUUACGUCAUUCGCGACACGAAUGUAAUAAAGAGCCACGUUUUUUGUGUCCCUAUUGUUCUCAUCGAACGAAACAACGUGGAAAUUUAUAUCAACACAUUCGUACAAAUCACGCUGGCAAACGAGUAUUUUGCAAUGAAUAA